AUGGCUUCAACACCCAUCAGCGGUCAAAUUACCUCAAACGAUUCAUCUCAUGUAUUUGAAGGCGGCGAGAAAGUUCAAGUAUCAGCCGUGGACGCCUCUCGUAUGGAUGCGCCAAGUGUUACACUAGGAGAACAGGAAAUUAUACUCAAACAAGGUCAAACAUUUCCCAUUGAUUUUCAAUUCUCUUAUGACAAAUCUCGUGCUGGACAAGGCUACGGUGGAUUAUGCAUGCAAGCAAGAAUCACAAGCAAAAGUCUACGAUUGAUUUACAUAAACGAUACUCGUACACCGCUGGUCGAAAAUGUGACAAUCAAUGUUGUUAAAACAUAA